AGUCUGGAUGAGCUGGACGACGACGACGCAGGGGAGAAGGACAGGAAGGAGGAGGAGGAGCUGGUUCAGGCCAACACGUUCCAGAAUGAGUCCAUGGCUGCUGACCCCGCCACCGGCCACUUACUGGACAGCCCGAGAUGCGGAAGCAGCCGGCACAAGAGCUCUGCAGGACCAGGGUCUGAGGAGGAGGUGGGCGGGAACAGCCGACAACGACACAACCGUCACGGCAGAGAAGGAGGAGCUGCAGCCGGGGGAAGUCUGGAGAAAAGGAUGGAGGAGCUGGAGAGGGAGCUGGCCAGAGAGCGUCAGGAGACCGCCCGGCUGCUGAAGGCCCACCAGGACAAAGACGACCUCAUCGGGAAGCUGAAGGAGGAAAUCGACUUGCUGAACAGAGACCUGGACGACAUUGAAGAUGAGAAUGAGCAGCUCAAACAGGAGAACAAGACUCUGCUGAAGGUGGUGGGUCAGCUGACCAGGUAGAACGGCUCUGCCCGGACCCGACACUUUAUCAAAACACCAGACUCCCCCCUGAUGAUGAGCGGAGCCUCCCUUUUCUCCUCCCACCUCCUGCCCCGGGUCAAGUCCUUCAUUGUGGCAUUUUUAUCUGUUUGAUUCUGUCUCUACUUCUGUGUUAGAGGUGAAACUGUAAAGUCCUCGCAGCCUUAAAUGCAUCGUCGUCGUUGUGAAAGCUGAGUGAAGCGGGGGGGCUGACGUGCUCCUAUCCCGACAAGAUAUAUACAUAUUUAAUGUAAAUGUAUUGUAUAUAGGCCAUUUAGAUCUGUUCAUUAUUUUGAUUUUUGAUAAGGUCUUAAAAAGCAAAAGUGAAUGAAUGUAUGUGCAAGAACAAGCGCACACUAAGUCUUGUAAAACAUUUUUAGAGGCUAAAAAGAAAGUCUCGUAUUUUACACAUUUCCACGUCUUUGCACGCAGCAGAUCUCCAGUGUUGUGCUGUCUCUGGGACUAUGGAUGAUUCUUAAGGUCAGGCAUAAGAAAAAAUAAGGAGGAGACGAUUUUAUUUCAAUUAUUCUGCACUUUUUAAGACUAUAAAAUUACUAACGUUAAAACAAAACACCUUGUGUAUAUGAAUCGGUGAAACCUCACAAGCUCACUCAAAGAAAUCUGCCAAGGAGGUUAUAUAUUUCCUCAGAUUUAAUUCCAUUGUUCUAAACAUUCAGACUUUAUUCACUCAGUAAAAAAAAUCUUCCUCAUUUUUUGAGCCUGUCCCUAAUCCUCUUCUAUAGUUGGACAUUUGGACCAAACUCAACAUAAUUACUGCUUCAGUACCAUCAGCCAAAGUGGGCUUAGCGCCUCGCAAUGCAUGUGAGACUUUUGUUUUUAUCAAUUCUUUUAAUAUAAAACUAAAAUCUGGUUAUCCGGUGCCAGAUUUACCUUUUUCCAACAAUUAUUUCUUGGUACAUUUCACAUUACACAUCCCACUGGAGCCUCCACAAACCCCAAUGAAGAAAAUCUAAGUUUUAAUUAUUUCCAGUCGGCACAAGCAAGAAUUUAUAUAAAUUUAUAUCCUUUAUGCUUUUUUAAUGUUAGCGUCUGAGUAUUAUAAGUGUCUGCGAUGAGAUGUUUUAGGGUGAAACCCUCGUCUAGUAUAAACUGUAUGUGGAUUCUCUUUUUUUUUUAAAUUUGCUCUUGUUUACAAGUUAUGGUCUUUUGCAAUAUGUGGUAGUGAGUUAGCUGCUCUCUUUUAUGGCAUCUGCGAUGUGUGGAGUGAGCUACAGUGCAUCUUCGUAUGAUAACCAAAUGAACUAAAGGAUAUUUGAAGUGCAUCUCUUUCGUUUACUCAAGGGAACAGGUUCGGCUGGUUGAGGCAUUUUAUUUUCUGUACUUAGAUCAUGUUUAUUCCAGCGAGGAGCCGCUCGCUGAGCUCCUGCACUGUGGCAAAUCAUCGAUAGACGAUCAAUAGACGACUCUGCUUCCACAUGCGCUCACGUUUUUUGCGGGUGAAGUUUAAACCCGUCGCAGACAGAACAUCACAGACCCAUCUCUCCUUCCAUUACAUUAUGCAUGUACAGAAGAUUAAGUCAUUUAAUAAAAGUUUGAUUAUCU